GAAAUUUUUGGCGGAGCUGUCAUCCCAGAUGUCAGUCAGUCGGGGAAAUUUCCCUUUUUGGAGACGGUCGCGAUUUUGAUAGGGAGCCAGUGAUUGCGAUGUAAAUUUCAGAUCCUAGAACCCAACCAACCCAUCACAAUGACGUCGAUGACCUUUGGGCAGAAAAAGUUCAUACCCACGGCGCCGGAAAAGGGCAGCUUCCCGCUGGACCACGAGGGUCAAUGCAAGAAGCUGAUGCUGUACUACAUGCGCUGCCUGCGGGCCAACAACGACGAUAACUCCGCCUGCCGGCAAGAAUCCAAAGCUUACCUGCAGUGUCGCAUGGACAACAAUCUGAUGGCCAAGGAGGAAUUUUCCAAGCUCGGCUUCGCCGAUCUCGAAAGUGAAAGUGCUAAGAAGAGUGAACAGAAGUGAACACGUAGUCUCUAAUAUUGUGUUGAACUGUUGUUAUAAACUUUAUAUUGAACAAUGUCCAAAAAGAACAUUCUGAUCGGGUGCACCGGAAGUGUGGCCACGAUCAAACUUCCGUUACUGAUUCAAAAACUGCGUGAGUCCAAUUCGAACGUUGAAAU